AUGGAAGUGUUCGAUUGCAGGUCGGAUCUUGAUUUCUGCUUCCCAGGUUACGAUAAGUCAACUGCACUUGCCUAUUGCGAUUUUCAAGAAUUCGUUGAAAAAUUUUCAUCUAGAAUCUUAAACUACGAAUCUUACAUCUCAGUCGCCAGUUUUUUCAUAAACAUAUUCCAUUUCAUAAUUCUAACCCGAAAACCAAUCAGAACUUCUUCAGUGAAUAUUAUAAUGACAGCAAUUGCCAUAGUUGAAAUUUUAUCCCUAUUUUAUAACUUUAAAACAUCAAUUCUCUAUUGGCUCCGUACCAAUUAUAAAUGCUUCAACUCAAAUUCACAUGCUUCCGUUCUAAUUGACCUGUGCUUUAUCAAACUCAGAGAUUUUGCUCGACGAUGCUCUCCGUGGCUCUGCUUGUCAAUCGCCAUGAUCCGAGCACUUGUGAUUCGUAAUCCAAUGAGCCAAAAGUUUGAAAAGUUAUCUAUGCCAAGAGCAUCUGUUGUAGUUAUUUUUGGAAUUUUGUCAAUUAGCUUGUUCAUGGAUAUUUUGGAUUUUUUCGGCUAUAAAAUUGCUUCCCAGAAAAAUUAUUCACCAUGCUCCAAAGACGAUAAGCUAGAAUAUGCCAUUCUUCUAUCAAAGUUGUACUCCAAAAAUGACGGGUUUCUGAUAAAACUAUAUUCCACAUCAAAUGCAAUGAUUUCUCAUAUCAUUCCUUCGAUUCUCUUUCCUAUAGUCACAUUUUUUCUUGUAAACGUCCUACGAAAAGCUAAAAAAUCUCGGAAACUGGUAUCCAAGACCGAUAGUAAUACGAAGUCUACAAAAAUCAUAAUCUAUACAGCGAUUAUUUUUCUAAUUGUUGAGCUUCCACUUGGAAUCAAUCUGGCGAUCAUUUGGUUUUUCAAUAAUUCCGUUGGAAUCAAGCUGAUUCUUGAUCAAUUUGAAGCUCUUUUUUAUAUGCUACUUACCGCAAACACAAUUUCCCAUUUCUUUGUUUGUUUCGUCUUGUCUUCACAAUACAGGGCAACACUGAUAGAUGUAGUGUCGUGCGGGAUAAGUUUCCAGAAGAACAGAAUUGGAAAUCUUUGCAAAAGUCGAAAAAGUUCACAACAAAAUGUUAUAACAGUAAAUGCAAUAUCAAUAUGA